AUGUCAGUCCAGGAACUAGCUCACAGUCUCCAACGAAAGCUUCGCUCUGAAUUUCCUCUUCACUUAAUAUCUGAAUCCAACCUAAAUAUCGACGAUUUCCUCAGCUCUUGCUUCGCAGGCAGAACUCACAAUUUAUUUAAUUCGGCUAGCCUCCUUAAACAAGACCUCAAAGCCUAUUUAGACUCAACCCAAAAAUCCCUUUCCCACCACAUCCAAAUGGAUUUUGACAAACUCAUAAAAAUCCCUGACCUGCUGCUUGAAUUCGAAGAAGAAAUCCAAGUCUUGCACAAAUCAGCCUCAGAAUUUUGUGAAGAAACCAAUCUCAUAUAUCAAAGAGCCCGUGAUGCUGCUUCUAAAGCAGCUGAAGCUAUAAAAAUUGACAAUGAAGAGCAGGCGAAUUUAAAGAAAAAAAGAGAAUCUGAAAAAAUUGAAAUGAAUUUGUCUGAGGUUGAGGCGAAGCUGCCUGCUUUAAGGCAGGUUUCUAAUGAAUGUAUGAAUAAUGAUACUAGCUUGAACCAUGGAGCUUUAUUUGAAAGGAUUAGUAGAGCGCUUGCAGGUGUUGGGGAAAUUUUGAAAGGGGGUUAUAACGCAUUAUAUUCACAGCUAAAGUCUGACUUUUUAUUGCUACUUUCAAGAGAAUUAGUAGCCUGAAGCACCUCUAAAAAAGCAGAGCGGCAUUUUAAAUGCCUACUUAGGUCUUAUAAACACCUUAAUCUUGAAUCAGAAGCACAGGUACUUUUAAGAGACAAAUCAGUGCUUCCUAUUUUGAAUGAUUUAAUUUCAGGCGCCAAAGUCCAAGAUACAAUAGAUUUAACCCUGUACUUCAAGUUAAUUCAAGAAGAACUUUCAAAUGGAAGAUUAAUCCUUUACAUCAGUGCUGCCCCGAUCUGCAAUAUUUUACUGAAAUCUCUAUGGAGUGCAGUCUUUAAAUCCAUUUCAAAUAUUCCAACAGUCUACUUGCCAACUUUUCAGCAAGAAUAUCUGCAAUCUAUCUCAGUUACAAUGAAAUUUAUUGACUAUCUUGCCUCGCAUCUCCCAAACCCAGCCCAAUUUAAAGACUCUCAAGAAUACCAAGAAUUCAAAGACAGACUAAACCUCCCCACAUUUUUCGAAUUAAAAAAAAAAGAAAUCAUUGGCCCUUUAUGCAAGCUCUUAAAAUCUGAGUCUUUAGAAAUCCUGCUAUCACAAAACCCCAGCGAAGCUUAUAUAGCUGCUUUAAAAGUCUGCUGGGACAAAGCCCUGCAAAUUGAGCACUUAAAAGCGAGGUUUAUGAAGCUUUCUUUUCAAAUAGUCUCGACUUUUGUGAAUUUUAUUACCAGAAAUUUGAAUUUUCAAAGCAAAAAUCAAGGGGUUGGGAUUGAUAUUUUGGUUUUAUUAGUAAAAGAAGUAAAAACUUUAAAGGAAAGGAUUAGCGAAAUUGAGAUGGGUGCAGAAGUUUUAUUAGAAAAAGAAAGCCUUUUGCAGAAUCUUUUAGAUCCUUGCACGAGAUGUCUGGCUGAAGCUUUGACCCGGCAAUGUUUAUCUAAUUUAGAAGCAAUAAGGUCGAUUCCAGCAUCAUAUAGAAUGACUAAUAGGCCGUCUCCUAUUAACCCAUCUCCUUUUGUAGGGAGCUUUUUGCAGCCUUUAAAACAAAUUAAUCUUGAAUCUGGGUCUAAACAAAGAGUAGUUGAAAAAAUUUUGAUUAGGUAUUUAGAGCUGGUUAAUGAGACUUAUCAACAAAUCAGAAAAUCUGGGGAACUUUUAAGCAAGUAUACACCUAAUGCAGCAGAAUCUGACCAGGAAAAAAUGAUGAAGCAGAUUGAAAUUGAUACAAAAUUUGUGCUAGAUGACCUAGAAGGGCUUGGCUUUACUGAAGAAAAUAGCGAAUUAAUUGCGCAGCUUAUAAAAGAAGUCAUUAAAAGUAAUUAA